AUGCUAGCGUCGAUGGCAGGGAUGGCGAGCGCGGCAACCUUUGCGCAUGCGUUCAUGCAGAUUCGGGGAGCAGAGUCAAGACUGCAAAUCCUCGAGGAGACUCUAGUGCAAGAGCGAUGUCGUUUUCAGAAUCUUUCCUCCGUGCAGAAGAGAUUGGUUGAGAACAUAGAAACCAUUCUACGCGACAAUGACAUGGAGGAGGAGCUCUUGGACAUUAAGAAGGUUAUCUCGACUAUAGAUGGAUUACAGGGAGACCAGGCUGGGUUGUUAGAGUGUCACGAUUCGCAGAAUGGAAACACGGAAGUUGAAAGUGAUUCGACUAGAUCUACAAUCAGGAGUAAAGGUUGCCGUCCUCGUGAUCUUGUGUUUGAGAUUAGCGACAAGAUGCUUGCCUUCAUCGAAGCUCGUGCUGACAUGAAAGAAUAUGACAAGAGCGUCAUCUUGGAUGAUAUUGCAAGAUUGAAAACGCUCUUCACUCAGAACUAUGUGAAGCAGUCGACGAUAAGGUCAUUCGAGCUCAUCUCAAGGUGCCAACGUUCGGUUCACACAAUGGAUGCUUUCUUUGGGGAGAAGAGUGAGAUGAAGGACAAGCUGAAUGAGUUGGGGACUGCUUUGAGGGAGAAGACUCGGAGGCUAGAGGAGCUCGAGCAUCAGCUAGCACUGCAAGAAAGUAGAGUGAGAGAGCUACAGACAAGAAACGAAAACCUGAGCGACGAACUUGAGCAGACUUUGCAAGACAAGACGAUGCUCCUGUCUCAAGUCAGCCUCAUCUCGUCUCAGAAGAAGUCACUCCUGCGUGACAAGUCCAUCAUGGAAGAUUUGUGCGAGCAACGUGCAAGAAGCGAAAAAGAAACAAGAAUGAUGAUCAUUACACUGGAGGAGGAGCUAGCCAACAUGACGGCAGCGUACGCGGGGCUGGAGGAAGGGAAGGGAAGGGAGGAGGAGGAGGCGAGGAGGAGGAUCGAGGAGCUGGAGGAGGAGCUAGCCAACAUGACGGCAGCGUACGCGGGGCUGGAGGAAGGGAAGGGAAGGGAGGAGGAGGAGGCGAGGAGGAGGAUCGAGGAGCUGGAGGAGGAGCUAGCCAACAUGACGGCAGCGUACGCGGGGCUGGAGGAAGGGAAGGGAAGGGAGGAGGAGGAGGCGAGGAGGAGGAUCGAGGAGCUGGAGGAGGAGCUAGCCAACAUGACGGCAGCGUACGCGGGGCUGGAGGAAGGGAAGGGAAGGGAGGAGGAGGAGGCGAGGAGGAGGAUCGAGGGGCUGGAGGAGGAGCUGGAAGCUUCUGUGGCUGUCAAUCGACAGCUGGAAAUUCAAAUCUCAUUUUCCCUUGGAGAUUUUCAGAGGCUACAGGAGGAGCAGGAGCAGGCGAAAGAGAAGGUGAAGGAGCUGGAAUCAGCACUGGAGGAGGCGAAAGAGGACAACCGAAGGCUCCAUGAGGCUGAGGGAAGUAUGAAGGAAGAGAUUGCAGCCAAGACCUCAGAAGCAAAACAGCUUUUAGAGCUCGUGGAUGAACUGCAGCAGGAGAAAGAGGUCCUCGUCGCUGAGGUGGAGCGACUUGACCAGGAGUACAGCAAAGCGAUGCUGGAUGCAGAUCACGUGAGAGAAGCAGGAGAAGCGGAGGAGAACAUGAGCAGGAGCAUUGGGCUCUGA